AUGCCCGACGUGUACGAGUCGGCGGAGUCGGAUGCUUUGAAUGACACCUCGAACGGUGCAGCACAACCUGUUCCCACACGAUCCAUUUAUGCGCUAACCCGCAAAGAAAUAACCCGCGGAAUUGCGAAUCGCUUUGUGCACUCGCACACGUACAUAUUUCUCUACUUGUCCAUGGCGGCUCUGUCCGUGACAACCGUCGUGCUGAGUUUGUCGGACGGAUGUCCAGGGUUGUCGUUUUAUAUCUUGGAGAUAAUAAUUAACACGAGCAUGAUCCUGGAGGUUGGCGUGCGUUUCGUUGCGUUUGGUCGGCAAUUCUGGAGAUCACCGUUUAAUGUAUUGGAUCUGAUACUCACAUUAUUCUGCGCGAUCACUUUGCUGGUCAUAACAUUUGCGGGGUGUGGGGCAGGGAGUAAGGAAGAGGAGUUGUUGGACACUCUAUUGCUUAUUGCACGUAAUGUCCUACAAUUCGGCCGUCUAGCGGCGGUCAUGCGACAGUCCGGCCAGUCCAUAUUUUCCAGGCCAAAGCCAAUCGAUAUCUCCGCAAUCAGGAGAGCAGGCUAUAGUAGUCUCGACUAUGAUUUGGAAGAUGACAAUCAAGAUGAUGAUCCAGAACUGGGUCGACCACUUGUACAAGAUGCAGUAUUAUUUGAUGCACAGGACGACGAACAACCCACUCGCAUGUCAGAUAUGCCACGGGCUGCGCAGGCUGUACACGAGCGUGAUGAUGAGGAUGUCUGGGCGGAAUUGGGUUGA